AGCAACAGAUUCACAAUGUUAUAAUGUUCCGAAUGCUUCAGAGAUCACAGCUAUAAUAGUGGGUGACAACUAUAGUAAGGCUGGAUUAUCUAACCAAGAUAUUAUUCUUUAUUUACAUUUAGAAGGUUUACAAUGCAUCUCUGAGUUACAUAGAGCAUAUAUUCUAUUACAUUAUGUUCUUCUUUUUCCAAGAGGUGAAGAUGGAUGGCAUCUGGAAAUUCCAAUUCAUAAUGAUGCAUCAAUAUUUUCUUCAUAUCAGGAGCAACAAGAAUUAGAUGAUGAUGAUAUUAAUCAAAAAACCAUCACUAUGAUGCAGUAUUAUUCUUAUCGACUUCAAGUAAGCAGAUUUAACGAAGGAAUAAAUAUUCAUCUUUUUGGAUGUCUUUUUUAA